AUGUGCAAAUGGACGGCGGCCGUUGCUGCUCACUGCGCCGACCUCACCUCUAUCGGCCCAGCCCAUAUCGGGCUACCUCUUCUGCCCGGCGCUCUCCCUGUGCGCCUUGCCUGCAUCUCCUUUCUUCUCUUUCUGGCCAGUGCAGCUCUUGCCGGAUGCCCGGCCGGACUGGGUCAUGACCCACUGCACGUGCUGGCGAGGGGCACAAACUGCUCAUGGACUCUGGAACGCCACACACGCAGUUACAACCACCUGGAGGGUGACGUUCGACUACGCCGCCUAUAUUCCGCAAACAAGUUCUUCCUCUGCAUCGACAAAACAGGCAAGGUGGAUGGCACACGGCGCAAAAACUAUCCUGACAGUCUGAUGGAAAUCCGAUCUGUUAGUGUGGGAGUUGUCGCCAUCAAAUCUGUCAGCACCGGCCUGUACUUAGCUAUGUCCAAAAAAGGCACACUCUUUGGAUCGGUAAGAUAUAGCCCAAGCUGCAAGUUUAAAGAGCGCAUCGAGGAGAACGGCUAUAAUACGUACGCAUCCCUGCGCUGGAAGCACGGCGGCAGACAGAUGUUUGUGUCGCUGAAUGGUCGAGGGAAGCCACGGAGGGGCCAUAAAGCGCGACGGAGACACCCUUCCACUCACUUCCUCCCAAUGCUCCCAACAUAGCUGAAAUCUCUAAUUAGCCUUUUUUAUUAUUAUUAAUGUCAUACACAUAUAUAGCUGUAUAUGUAUGUUUGCAGAGGAUUAUUUCUACAUCAUUUUUUGGUAUUGUCACAUAGUAUAUUAACUUAUUCCUCCAUCCCUGUUAGCUUAAAGCCUAAUAAAGCAUUUGUAAGGUGUUUAAUAUUAUACAUAAGCAGUUACCUUCCAUAUUUAUGUUUCAGCUGGAGAAGCUAAGCAUUUAUAACGUCUCUAACCAGCUGUUGUAAAAUACAUUAUCACAUUUACCUAAACAGCAAUAGACUAGUAGGUAAAAUUUCAGAAACAAAACUUCCUCAAUCACAUAUAAUGGAGAUAUAAUAGAAAACUAUUUGUGUUAUAACAAUUGUGUCUACAGAUUUGAGAAAAUCCUUUUUGAAGCUGUUUGCGUAUGUUCAGAUGUGUAUUUUUAUGCCAGGUGUGUAAAUAUGAGUGGAAGUGCUUUUAACACAUUUGCUACAAUCAAACUACACUUAGAUUAAUCAAUGUUACAUAGAACCUUUUUCCCUAUGAGGGAAACCUUAACUGUUAUAUGUAGAUGACUAAAAAUUAGGGCUUUACUUUCUUCAAUUUCAUUCAGGUAU